GUCCGCCCUGUGAUUACGUCAGAAGGUCACAUGGGAAAAAGGUCACUGCCUGCAUUUGUGUCCAAGAUGGCGGCCUCCUUGUGUCAGUGUUAUCAGCUUUGUGUCAGAAGGAGCUGUAUACUCUUGUCCACCUGUUCUUAUGCCUCCACACACAGAAGUCAUGCCUACAGGAUAUGUGGGUCCUUCACAAUCCCCUCACAGGUACGGUAUGCAUCAGGUGGUGGAGGAGGUCGCAAGGGCUUUUUUGGGGAGUUCUUGGACACCCUUAAACAGGAGCUUAGCAAGAACAAGGAGAUGAAGGAGAACAUCCGGAAGUUCCGUGAGGAGGCGAUGAAGCUGGAAGAAUCUGAAGCGCUCAAGCAGGCCAGGAGGAAAUAUAAAACUAUAGAGUCUGAGACUGUGAAAACCUCAGAGGUGCUGAAGAAGAAGCUGGGGACGCUCUCGGAGUCUGUGAAAGAGGGCUUGGAAGAGGUGAGCCGCAGCGACCUGGGGAAGAAGAUCAAGGAGGGAGUGGAGGAAGCGGCCAAGACGGCCAAGCACUCGGCCGAGUCCGUGUCCAAGAGCGGGGAGAGGCUGGGCAAGAGUGGGGCUUUCCGUGCCAUAUCACAGGGCAUGGAGACGGUGAAGAAGGAGAUCGAUGACCUGGGACAGAGUGGCCCCUACCGGCCCCCAACCCGAUUACGGAAGAGAAGCGACUUCUCGUCCAAGGCCGGGGAGAGCGAGUCCAAGGUCUUUGAAGCCAAUGAGGAAGCCAUGGGUGUUGUACUCCACAAAGACUCAAAGUGGUACCAGCAGUGGAAGGACUUCAAGGACAACAACGUGGUUUUCAACAGGUUCUUCGAGAUGAAGAUGAAAUACGACGAGAGCGACAACACCUUCAUCAGAGCCUCGCGGGCCGUCACCGACAAAGUCACCGACCUCAUCGGCGGCCUGUUCUCCAAGACGGAGAUGUCUGAGGUGCUGACUGAAAUCCUAAAAGUGGAUCCCAGCUUCGACAAAGACUCUUUCCUGAAGCAGUGCGAACGUGACAUCAUCCCCAACAUCUUAGAGUCUAUGAACCGUGGCGAGCUGGACGUUCUGAAGGACUGGUGUUAUGAAGCUACGUACAGUCAGCUGGCUCACCCCAUCCAGCAGGCCAGAGCCAUGGGGCUGCAGUUCAACUCCAAGAUCCUGGACAUCGACAACGUAGACCUGGCCAUGGGUAAGAUGAUGGAGCAGGGCCCGGUGCUGAUCAUCACCUUCCAGGCCCAGAUGGUCAUGGUCAUCCGCAACCCCAAAGGAGAGGUGGUGGAGGGGGACCCGGGGAAGGUGCUGCGGAUGAUGUACGUGUGGGCGCUGUGCCGUGACCAGGAGGAGCUCAACCCCUACGCUGCGUGGCGUCUCCUGGACAUCUCCGCCUCCAGCACCGAGCAGAUCCUCUGAGCAGCACCGCCGUCCCCUCCGCCCCGGAGAGCAGGCCCCCCUGCCACGCCCUCCCCCACACCUCCCGCUCCGGUCGGCCGAGGGGCCGUCCUCGGGGCGGGGCUGGGCAUGUCCCCACGAACUGAGCUGAACCGAGGCGGCCGGUGCACCUCGAAAAAGACAGAGUCACGCUCAGUGACACGGGGGGGCGGGAAUCUGGCUGUGCCCCUCACAGUCAGGUCAGAUCAGAUCAGAUCACUGCACCCCCCCCCCCCGUCUGUCACACUACACUGACGCCUCAGCCAGGAUUUUAGGGGGUUUUUUUUUUGCCUUUUUUUUGUUUCAGGGUGGGUAGUGAAUCUGAGAGGUAUUGCCGUGGUCCGCUGGUGCCAUAAAUGCCUGCAAUUUUGUAAAAAGGGUCAAUCACGUUGUAAAAAAAAUCGGAAAACCAAAUCAGAAGAUAUAUUUAUUUAUGAAAUGAUUGUCUUUCGCUGCUUCCCACUGGACGCUGUCCAUCUGUGUGAUUAAAAGAAGCCCGGUGUGUAUGUGCAUUUCAGCGAGCUGGAACAGUGAAGUGCGCCAUGCUGCAGCUUUUUAGACUUGCCUUAAAAAUCUCCGAACGGGACGGAUCUCAUCCAGCUCGAAUUUCCGCUCGAUCAAGCAGCGUUUAGAAGUGUGGCCGCGUCCCGCGUUUUGGGCUGGGGCCGGUUGCUAUGAGACGGCUUUUUUUUUUUAAAGCUUCGGCGUAAUCUCUCUCUGGGCAGCCCGCACGGUCGGGGCGCUGCAGCAGCCGGCGGAGGCGGGCGUGGCACCUCCGCCCCGCUCUGCCUGGCGGACGUCCUCUGUGGCGGGAAUUCGAGGCGUCUCCGGGACGACGUGGCGAGCCGCCAGACGCACCCCGAGCGGAGCGCUCGCUCGGACGCUACGCUACGCUCGCUCGCCUGACUGGCUUUUUAGGUUUGUGCGGCUCCGCCUCUCGUAGAGGACGUCCAGCCUUCUGACCCGUGUCCCUGACAGCCCUGAAAUGCAUUGUGGGAUGUGUUUGUACCGGUAAAUCACUUCCCUUUAAUCCAGCCUGAAAUCAUUGAAUGUCACAGAUGCUCGUGUUAUCCUACAUGAUCUGCUUUGACUUGAUUCAUAUUGACAGCCACGUAGUGGUUAUGUACAUGUUAUCUAGUGUUAAUAAUGGCAGGUGGACAGCGUGUCCCCCGUGAAUUCAGCCACGUACUGUAUCUCAGCGUAUAAAGUGAGCGUGUGCGUAUUUCUGCGCUGGUGAAGAACCCUUCUCAGGGAAGCUGGGAUGGUGCCUCAGAGGCCCUGAGGCCUGUGAACACUGCUGUCGUUUAAACCAUCGUGCUCAACUUACAGAGUUAACCGUUUCCUGUAUGAAUGUAACGGCUGUAAAGGAGAGUGAAAUAGGGUUUUUCCAUUAAGUCUGUGCCCCAGUUAGCAUGGGCAGUGUGCCACCUUAUCUUUACCCUUACAUGUUGGGAUUGUACAACACGUACAGUAAACAAUGUUAAUAAAGAAUAUGGGCUGCUGACCAACAUCAUCA